AUGGAGUACACACCAAAUGAAGAAAAGACCACAGACUACCUAGGCCUCAUAACAAAUCUAUUGAAUUACUUCUCACUGGGCAUCGAUGAUAAGGUAACUCCCGAGAAGAACUCAUCCGAUAUGCAAAAAGCUAGCAUGGGAAGAAACCCUCAUGCACGAAACAGUAUACAACAAGUAGUUUACAAUUUGAAGUUAAAGAGGACAUCCGAAUUGAGAAUAUCCCCUCGGUUUGGUCUGGAUACCCCCGCGAUGCAAAACAGAAAGGGAUUCGAGAAAAAACGCCAAGAAGAAGACAACGCAUCGAUAAGCGUGCUCCCCUCGAACUGCAAAGGGGGGGAAAACACAAGAGACAACUCAGCGGAAAAUUGCCUGAACAGGUCAGGUGAAAUAAGGAAAAAAAAAAAACAAAAAAAAAAAAAUGCAAAAAAUAGGGAUAAGCAGUACACUUCCAGUUUUGAUUUUUCCGGGGGGGAGUUCUUUCAGCUGAAGGAACAGAGUGAGGACGAAGGGGAGGAAGAGUCCAAGGUGGAGGAAAGUAAAGAGGAGCGGAAGAAAAAGAGGGAAAAACGGAAGGACAAGGGGAAGAAGAAAAAGAAGAAAAGCAAGAGGGAGGAAGAAGAGGAAAAGACCAUCGAAGCUGUAGACGCAGAAGAAAACGCUGAAGACCCUGAAUUGGAGCCUGGAGUAGAUGAGACAAGAGGAAACAUAGGAUGUGGCAAAACUGACGAGGGUGAUGAACCCCACAGGGAACAGGAAGCUGUUAACUACGGAGAAAACGAAACGAGAGGGGCGGAUAUGCAGGAAGAUACGAAGAAAAAAAAAAAGGUGAAAAAGGUGAAGAAGAAAAAGACGAGAGGGGUAGAGAUGAAGGUAAACGAAACGAUUUCCACUGAAAAUGAUUCCGCUGAAAAUGGUCCGGCCCCAAUAGAACCCACGAAGCAUACGAGCGAACGGACGAAUACAUACGACACAGGAAAAGGAAACCAUAAUGCUGUUCGCAAGAAGAAGAGCACCACAUUAAAUAGGAGCUUUGUUCAGCCGCCCUGUAGAAGCAACUCAGACCAGGCAAACGUCGUACACGUCGUUGACGAGGCCGAUUCACAAAGAAAUGAUUUCGUCAAGGCACAAGAUGAGCUAGGCAUAAAUUACAUUUCUGAUUGCAAGAAGAGUUAUAUAAGUAUACGGAGCAGUAAUAAGGGUAAGGAUGAUGUGAUACAAUUACCCAAGUUGAAUUUAUCAACACGGGGGAGUCGGUCUUCAUCGGGUGAAGAGAAUGAGACAACAGACGAAGGGGAUGUGCUCACUCCAUUAGAGGAUCUGCAUCAGUGA